AUGAUGGGAAUCAAGGCCGAUCAUCUCUAUCGGAAUCUUACGGCUAUUGUAGUGGAAAAAGACGCGUCGAUUUUCCGAACACUGGCGGCAAAAGAGCUUAUACCGGAACUGCUGGUACAUAUGACAGAAACAAUUCCUAAUGAUAUUUUCGAGACCGAUAAUGAGACCUUGCACCUUGUAAAGCGGCUCCAGAGACUAGCCCAGCAUCUGAACUCUAGUUUCACGGAAAAUGACACUUAUCCCUUCACCAUACAGCGUAUAUGCGAAGUGUGUUAUCACCCUCUCAAAUACUUCAAAACGCACGAACUGGCCAAGUUUGUCAAUGCCCUGGAACGAUGCUGCUUGGUUAGUAGCUGCUUGAAAACCGAGGCUCAGACAUCUUGCGAAAACGUGGGGGAUGCGGGCGACGUUUCCUUGAAAAGAAUCCCGUGGGUCGAGGAGAAUGACGAGAAAGGUUUGGCCGCGUUUUUGCGAGAAAUAGAAUCGACCGUAAGCGUAAAUUUUGGCUACGAAAACGACGACGACGACGAUGACGACGUUACAAACCACGCAGAUGGUGCAGAUGUAGAUCGUGCAUACGUCAAUCGAGACGAUGAAGGUGAAGAAGAGGAAGAAGAAGAAGAAGAUGGUGACUAUGUCGCGGAGGAGGACGACAAAGAUGACGACGACGACGACGACGACGAAGAGUACGACCAGGACGAGGAUAUAGACGGGGAAGAAGUUCAAGAAGAAAUCGAAGAGGCAGAGAAGAUCAACGAGAGAGGACAAAUAGACUCCGAAGUGAGUCGAACUAGAACGACUGGUCUGCGAGAUGCUAUGGCCAUUGAUGGGCGUAGAAACGCACACGAGGGUGCUGGCACCUUCGAGGAAGAAGAAUCCACCAGCGAAGACGAUGAUCUAGAUGUCAACGACGUAAUACGCAAGCGAAAACCUACUGAAAUGGACGUUUAUGAAAAUGAAGAAAUCGAGGUGAGUAAAACUACCACUCCUAAAAAACAGAAGGCCGCGGUCACUGCUACGGCGACGCUGGCACGGUCUCCCUUGUUUUCACAGGGUUCUGCAGUUCAAAGCGCCAGUCUAGAGCAACAGAUAUCGAUGUUGAUCUCGCCCAAUCCCAUGACACCUUCAGAUAGUGAAAAAAUAAUACCCAUCGCCAAUGAGCACUUGGAAGAGAGUAGCCCCCUAGCUAACAAGAGUGGGAAGCGGUGA